CCGCGUCCGACAUGGAGCACAAGAGAGACACAAACGACGACGAGACCCUGAAGGACGGCGUCCCGGAGGCGGUGGAGGAUUUCCUGCAGAACUUUGUCCACGGGGCCGGCCUGAGCCGGACCCUGGCCGGGUUCCAGACGGAGUGGUUCACCCGGGACGCCCGCUCCCACGGGCGGGCCGAGCUGGAGCGGGUCCGCGGGGACACGGAGCUCCUCCAGCGGGAGGUCCAGGCCGCCGCGGAGGGACUGGCGAGGACGCGGCGGGAGCGGGACUUCCACCGGGAGCAGUCGCGGCGCGUGGCCGAGGAGAAGCGCUCGCUCGCCGGGGAUCUGAGGCGGCUGAGGGGCCACCGGGACUCGCUCGGACCCGCGCUGAGCCGCCUGGGCGUCCAGCACCGGGCAGCGCUGAGGCACAGGGUCCUGCUCCGCCUUGGGAGGGACCGGGACCCGAGUCAGGACCCCAGUCAGGACCCGGGACCGGAGGAGGAGGAGGAGACUCCCGAGGAACCACCGGAGCAGAGGCCGCCGCGAGACUCGGAGUUCCCCGUCCGCCCAGCGGCCCCGAGUCCCGGCCAGCCCUGGAGGAAGGGCUCCCUCCGGCUCCGGGGCUCCAUCCGGGCCCACGACCUCCCCGCGAGCUGCGUGGCCGCCCACCCGGGGGAGCCGCUGCUGGCCUCGGGCAGCGACGACCGCAGCUGGAGGCUGUGGUCGCUGCGGGGGCUGCGGGACGAUGCGGGGGUCUGUGACGUCACGGAGGAUGACGUGGGCCAGCUGCUGCUCACCGGCGAGGGCCACUCCGAUUGGCUGACGGCCUGCAGCUUCCAUCCCGACGGCUCCAAAUUGGCCACAACCAGCGGAGACACGACGUUGCAGCUGUGGGAUCUGCUCCGCCGCGGCGGCGGCCGCUCCGUGCUCACCCUCCGCGGCCACCGCCAGCCCGCCUGGGGCUGCUCCUUCCACUCCUGCGGGGACUUCCUCGCCUCGUGUUCCGCCGACCGCACCGCCAAGGUGUGGGACCUGUGCAGCCACCGCUGCCGGCUCACGCUCCGCUGCCACGCCGCCUCCGUCAACGGCGUCUGCUUCCUGCCCGCGUCCAACCUCCUCCUCACCUGCUCGUCGGACCGGACCGUUGUCCAAUGGGACGCGAGGAUGGCCGCGUGCACCGUGGUCAUGCGCGGCCACGGCUCCCCGUGCAACGCUGUCGCCGGGAGCCUUGUCACCCACGUGGUGGCGUCCUGCGACGCCGGCGGGGUCGUCCAUCUCUGGGACACAAGGAAGCCGGAGUCCCCGGUGAGCACGCUGGACGUCGGGCCGGCGGUCAACCACGUGGCAUUCAGCGGCUCGGGGGCGUGGCUGGCGGCGGCCGGCGGUGACGGCUCGCUGCGGCUGGUGGAGGUGACGCCGUGGAGGGUGGAGGAGCUGGCGGGACACGCCCACGGCGGCGGGGCGCAGGGCGUGGCGUUCUGGGGAGGAGGAACGCUGGUGUCCGCGGGGAGGGACGGGCGGAUCAAUGUCUGGUCCUGAUUGGUUAUUGAGGAUUGAUUAAACAUGUUCUGAGCCUCCAUCUGCUCUGGUUUCCUGUUUUCUCUAAUCUGUGAGCUGAUAUCUUGGAAAAAGGAGUCAU